AUGGCUACGGACAGUGAUACCUUGAUCAUCAUUUUCCUGUGGCUUGUGUACGUCUGCCUGCACGCCUGCUUCGACUACUGUGAACGUCGAUCGCUGCACCGAGCCGAGGAGUUGGAGGCCCGAGAGCGUGCGCAGGCAGCCGCCGCACGGUCCGAUAGCCGGCCGAGAAGCUCUCGGCGCAGAACAGGCGCCUCCAGGGACGCUACGGCCCCCAUCGACGUCAUCGUUCUUGGCGCGGAAGGGGGCCUGAGCACGAACCUCAACGAGCCGUGUGAGGGUGCCGUUGUACCGGGCGCAAACGGGUGCAUGCCUGUGCUGCCAGAGCAAGUCCACUACGGCGAGUCCACGUACCUGAAUCGCCAGGAGGAUGGCGGAGCUGCUGCUCUAGAGAUAGCAGCGGAGGAGCUGUCGCCCGCAGCGGAAGUGGGUGCCGGCAAAGAAGAUCCAGCGCUCAGGUGA